GGAGAAUCGACUCUUAGUUGAGUUCGAGUCCCAGCCGUAGUUACUAUGCAACGGGACGCGUCUGAUUCGCUUUGCUAUCUAAUAACUGUUGCAUGAAGAAAUAAAAGCGUUUGUGAAUAGCUGCAUAUUUCAACAAAUGUAUAGAAAGUGCAUAGUCGUAGUGUUAGACAUGGUCCUCAGCUAGCUAGAUCCACAACAACCCAGGGUAGGAGCAGAAAUAAUGGCUGACGGAUGGUGCACUGAUACUGGGGAAGUCGUGUACCGCUCCCGGGAUGCCGUGAAAAACCUCAAAAUAAGAGUCCGGAUUGAGCGAGUGACCUCUGCAGCAGCUUUCAGAAACCAUCCACAACAGCAGCAACAACUGGAGCGAGGCGUCCUCGAACUCAACCCUUUAAUCUCCCAAGCACGAUCAGCUGGGGAUGAGGAAGAGCUGGUGGUCGGCUGGCAGGAGAAGCUGUUCAGCCAGUAUGAAGUGGACCUGUACCAGACCGAGUCGUUGUGCCAGACCCCGCUGGAGAAGCAGUAUCAUGCCGAAAUUAUGGAAACGGAAAGAUGUAAGAGAAGACGCAACCGGCGCAUUUUCACCUACACGGACUUCGAUCGCUUCACCAACUGGGAGGAGCAAGCUCAGAGUCUGCUAACUCCGGCGCAGAGCAAGCCGACCUUCCUGGCAGAGCGCAUGGCAAACGUCAGGCACAGACGCCAGGACAGACGGCCAGCAGACUCCAACAUUCCGAAGACCCGUUUGGUAGUAUGGGAGCCAUCCAUAGAGUUCGUGAAGAGCAGCCACACUGUCAACACACCAAUGCAGACUAUGCACGUCAUGGCGGAUUUGGGACCUGCUGGGAACCUGGGUUUGAAGGAGAACGAAUACGUUCUGUGCACCAUAAAAGCCGACAGCAACGGAGUGCUUGCAGUAAAACCUGACUUCAACAAUGGAAGAGGACCCUACAGGCUGGAGACGGAGGGAGAAAGAAGAGAAGUGUGGCGGCUCUACCUGGAGAACGCCUCGGUUCCCAUAAGCGCUGAAGAGAAACAGAGGGAGCAGCGUAUGUACAGAGACCUUUACAGCCGUCAUAAAGAUUAUCUCAGCAGCCUUGUCGGACAAGAUUUCGAAAUGCCACCUGCGGGAUUUCUUCGUCUGAUCGUUAACGGGGAGAUAGUUUCUGCACAGGGCUACGAGUAUGACAACUUAUAUGUUCACUUUAUCCUGGAGCUGCCAAACAACUGGUCCAGUGUGCCGUCUCAGAGCCUGUCUGGUGUUACUCAAACAUGCCGAACACGAUCAAUAGGCAAGGAGAAUAUAGCUUUCUUCUCCUACCCCUUCAGUUUUGAGUCCUUCUUCAGGAAUGAAGUAGAAUCCGAGGAGUCGUUGCCUCAGUGGCCUGUGCUCUACUUCAGGGUUCUUUCCCUGGACUCCUGGCAGCGCUACAGAACCGAGGGCUAUGGCUACAUUGUCAUUCCCACGACGCCUGGGUCUCACAGUGUGACCUGCCACACUUGGAGGCCCCUGAAGCUUGGCACAAUGGCUGAACUGAGACGCUUCUUUAUUGGCGGCACUCCUGAACUCGAAGACAUCAGUGACGUGAGAAUACCAGGAACGUUCAAGGGGGAUCGUCUGAGCCGGUUUGGGUUUCGCACACAGACCACAGGGAGUGUCACUUUCAACCUGAACUGCAUCCAGCAUUCUCGGGAAUUUGUGGAGGCCAGCGCUCUGAAGAAGAGACGUCAGACUGUUUUGGACCAGCUGGGGGGCCACAGUCAGAAAGGAUCUGUUUAUAAUGUGCUAGAGGCGUUCCAGAGGGCUCGUAAACGAAUGCAGGAUGCCAGAGAGAGUUUGCCCAGAGAUCUGAUUAAUACUGCUGGACCACUCGACAAUGAAUCUUCAGCAUGAAAAUGUUUAUCAAGAGUUAAAAAAAGUUUUGUACAUGAAUGAAUACAAAUCUACUUUGUAUAACGAUGUGCUUUUUCAAUAUUAAAUUUUCUUCCUCUAUAA